AUGUUUGUUUAUAAUUCACAGACUCCUCACAUGUUUCUGCAGAUUGAUGAUGCUCUUCAAUGUCGAUGCGCUCGAUGCGUUGCCUUCAAAUUGUUGAAGAAGGCCGGCUACCUCAACCAAUACAAGAUCGACGCCGAGUACAACAUCGACAGAAGCUACGAGAAAGUGAUCACUCAUAGCUACCGUCUGCUCCGCUCGUGGAACUGGUGGAACUGGUGGAGCACUGAUUUGGAGAUUGUUUCCAACUCGAACAACCGCGUGUCAGCUUUGGUCGAGAUUGAGCCCGAGAAUCGCCGCUACGUCAACCUCACCAUCAACACUCCCGAGGCAAAGGUUCUUUUUUGU